AUGACUGAUGAAAGUGCAGAGGAGAGCGAAGGUGAGAUGGAAAAAAGCAAGGAGAAGAAGAAGAAGGCGAAGGAAAUGACCGAUGAAAGUGGAGAGGAGAACGAAAGUGAGAGGAAAAAGAGCAACAUAAAGAAGAAGAAGAAUAAGAAGCCGGCAACAGUGGUUGAGGAAGAUAACGAUAUGGUUGAUGGUGAAGAGGGAGAGGCGGAUUCCGACACCCCUCUUGCAAAAAUCUUGAGGAAAGAGAGAGAGCUGAAUAAUAAGAAGAAAAUGAAUGAGAAGAAGCUGGUUAUCGUGGAGGACAGUGAUGUGGAGAUGAAACAAAUUCUUCUAGCUUUGGCAUCUCAAGUGGGAAAAAUGGACACCAAUGUUACAGCCCGAAUGAGUGGAUUGGAAGCUAGGAUGACUAAGCUCGAGGAGGCUAAGAAGGUGCCGCAGGCGGAGGGAGUAAGGGCCGAGGAGAAAGCAGAUUCCGUCGGAUCCGCAAUCAAAGAUGCAACCCCAACAGCGAAAGCACCUGCAAAACCAAAACCUCCUCCUAAAACCAAAAACGGUUCCGGUGACAAAGAUCCGCAAAACGCGACCUCCGACCCAGCUGUUACAGUGGCUAGGGUGGUUAGAACUCCAACCCCGACGUCCAAUUCGAAGACGAAACCACAUCUUAAAAGCCGAACGAGUGGGAACAACAAAGAGUGUGUCGAAAUACCUCAUCCUCCUCCGAAGCAACCACGAAAGCCUACACUCCCUCCCCAAAAGCAAAAAAAACUGGUGGAUCCGCCUUCAGGAGAUCCACUUCAGCCUUCAUCUUCUUUUUCAUCUCUGUCAGACCCGGUGGAAAAUGCUAGGCACAAAGCAUUCAAGGCCAAUUUAAACAAGAUGGUAGAGUUUGUAAGCAAGGAUGAUGUAUACGAGGAGAAUGCCCAUGGACUAAGGAAGGCACGCAAUCUUGCUCCCAACCAAAAGUCUCCUUUUGUUGGCAGUUCUGCGGUGAAACGCAUAGUGUUUGGUGUUUUUGCUGGAGAAGGACAAUACGAUCCGUUCCAAGAAGUUGAGCGAAGUAAAUAUUCAGCUUUGUUAGACUUUAUAACUCCAGAACUGGAUAAUGCUGUUGGUGACACUGACCCAAUAAUAGAGUUCUUCCUUCAAUUGAUGACUGCUAAAGCCAACUGGCCCAUUUUGGAAUAUGGCUGGUUGGGUGAUCGGCAUAUGACAGCGGGGAUGCAUAUGUUCCGACAAAGAUAUUUGAGAGACCUGUGUCCCUUCCAAAGAGAUGGUAGGGUGGCUUUCUUAGACCCGCUCUUCACCGGCCAGUGGCUUGUAGAAUUUCAGCGAGACUUCUUACCCAAUCCGGAUAACUGGGCAUUCCGGAGUGGUUACAUUGACGUCGCCUACGGUAGAUCUCCUGACUUUGCAGUCAGUAAUAAGAUAUGGUUCAAGGAUGUGGAUCUGUUGUACAUAUGUCACAAUAUCGGAAGUAAGCAUUGGAUUGCCGUUGAGGUUCACCUUCCGAGGAAAAGGGCACCCAUCCUUGAAGCAUCAGGUGUUCGGACGGGGACACCGGGACGAAAGUACUACACAUGUCCAGACUGGUACAAGGAGAAAUGGUGGGACGAGGCUAUUACAGAAGAAUGCGACAUCAUGAAGGGAAAACUUGAGGUGCAGAGUGAGAAGGUCGAAAGGGUUGCCAGACUCCAAGCUUUUGAUCCUCGUUUAGAGGCUCGAUUGGAACAUAUGCAAACGUGGAUGGCGCCCAAUGGCGAGAUACACGACAUGGGCCAAGUGAUGGACAAGGUAAGCCAGCUUGGAACAGAAGUGGGUCGCCUGAAGGAGCUAUACGGCAACCAGGGUGGAGGGUAUUUGACUCUUGCCGUGCUUGUUGUCUUUGCUGCGAUUUCAUAUUUCUUCAAGUAG